AUGGCCAAGCUGGCGAGCGCCACCAGCCCGUGGCCGAUGGAGCCAUCCGGCAGCAAUUCGAGCCGCAAUUCGUUCAGCAUGGCCCUUCCGAGCGACCCUGAGAUUAAAGGCCUGGCUCGGGUGGUGCGGUUGAUUGGCGAGGGUGGCGGCGGAAGGAAGGGGCCAGUUAGAAGGCGGUGCCUGAGCCAGUGGGGGGCCGGUGGGGGAAAGCCGACCAACAGCUUGGGCCUGGCAAGUAGGCGUGUGCGAGUGUGA